UCGGCGGGGCGGGGCUCGCGCCCAGUGCCCGGGACUCCGCAGCAGCUUCCCCUGCAGGUCUCCAGCAGGCAAGCGGCUCGGUCGCCCUCUCCGGCCCCAUGGCAGCCCCUGGCUCCCCGGCUGAGUGCGGCUACAUCCGGACGGUCCUGGGCCAGCAGAUCCUGGGGCAGCUGGACAGCUCCAGCCUGGCCCUGCCCUCUGAGGCCAAGCUGAAGCUGGCAGGAAGCAGCGGUCGCAGCGGCCAGGCGGUCAAGAGCCUCCGGAUCCAGGAGCAGGUGCAGCAGACCCUGGCCCGGAAGGGCCGCAAUUUCGUGGGCAACGGAAAUCUUCACCGAACCAGCAGUGUUCCUGAAUAUGUCUACAAUCUACACUUGGUUGAAAAUGAUUUUGCUGGUGGGCGUUACCCUGUUACUCAAACUUAUGAUGUGCUAAAGACAGGCACGGCCGCCACUUACGAAGGUCGCUGGGGGAGAGGAACUUCACAGUACAGUUCCCAGAAGUCAGUGGAAGAGAGGUCCUUGAGGCAGCCUUUGAGGAGGCUUGAGAUUUCCCCGGACAGCAGCCCCGAGAGGGUUCCGUACCCUCACAGUGAGCACCAGUACAGCCAGAGAAGCCAGGCGGGGCUCACCCUGCGGCACCAGGAGAACCGGAGGUCCACCCUUCUCGCGCCGCCCAGGUACGCGCGCUCGGAGAUCGUGGGCUUCAGCCACUCCGGGGCAGCGAGCCGCCAGCGCCUCUACGACACCUACCACCGGCGGUACCACUAUGGGGCUUUUCAAGACGUCUUGGACGGCGCCCCGGCCCACUCCAUGGUGCUCACACACCCUAGGCCCGGCACCAGCCACAGCCUGGGCAACCUCCUGGAGAAGGAAAACUACGUGACCUCCGGGCCGGCCGCGGGGCAGGCCCGGCCGGCGCCCUCGCAGGGGGGCACGCAGAGCCGGGCGGCACGGUCGUCCUGGCACCAGAGCUCCUUCCAUAGCACGCGCACGCUAAGGGAGGCCCCAGCCGUGGAGUCGGGCAACAGGAAGACGCACAUGACCGUGGGCCAAGUGGCAGCAGGAGGAAGUGGGAACAUGCUCUCUGAGAGAAGCACUUUCACCGAUGCCCAGCUUGGGAAUGCAGACGUGGAGAUGACUCUGGAGCGAGCAGUGAGUAUGCUUGAGGCAGACCACACGCUACCAUCCAGGAUUUCUGCUGCAGCCACUUUCAUACAGCAUGAGUGCUUCCAGAAAUCUGAAGCACGGAAAAGGGUUAAUCAGCUUCAUGGCAUCCCCAAGCUUCUACAGCUCCUAAAAGUUCAAAAUGAAGAUGUCCAGCGAGCUGUGUGUGGGGCCUUGAGAAACUUGGUGUUUGAAGACAAUGACAACAAAUUGGAGGUGGCUGAGCUCAAUGGAGUACCUCGGCUGCUCCAGGUGCUGAAGCAAACCAGAGACUUGGAGACUAAGAAGCAGAUAACAGGUUUGCUGUGGAAUUUGUCCUCUAACGACAAACUUAAGAAUCUCAUGAUAACAGAAGCCUUGCUUACCAUGACUGAGAAUAUCAUCAUCCCCUUUUCGGGAUGGCCAGAAGGAGACUACCCCAAAGCGAAUGGUUUGCUUGAUUUUGAUAUAUUCUACAAUGUCACAGGAUGCCUAAGAAACAUGAGUUCAGCUGGCCCUGAAGGGAGGAAAGUGAUGAGAAGGUGUGAAGGACUGAUUGACUCACUGGUCCAUUAUGUCAGAGGAACUAUUGCAGAUUACCAGCCAGAUGACAAGGCCACAGAGAACUGUGUGUGCAUUCUUCAUAACCUCUCCUACCAGCUGGAGGCAGAGCUCCCAGAAAAAUAUUCCCAGAGUAUCUAUAUUCAAAACCGGAAUAUCCAGCCUGACAACAACAAAAGUAUUGGGUGUUUUGGCAGUCGAAGCCGGAAAGUAAAAGAGCAGUACCAAGACAUGCCAAUGCCAGAGGAAAAGAGCAACCCCAAGGGUGUGGAGUGGCUGUGGCACUCCAUUGUGAUACGGAUGUAUUUGUCCUUGAUUGCCAAGAGCGCCCGAAACUACACCCAGGAAGCAUCUUUGGGAGCUCUCCAGAAUCUCACAGCAGGAAGUGGACCAAUGCCAACGUCGGUAGCUCAGACAGUUGUCCAGAAGGAAAAUGGCCUUCAGCACACACGAAAGAUGCUGCAUGUUGGUGAUCUAAGUGUGAAAAAGACUGCAGUCUCCCUGCUGAGGAAUCUGUCUCGGAAUCUUACUCUGCAGAAUGAAAUUGCCAAAGAAACUCUGCCUGAUUUGGUUUCCAUAAUUCCCGACACAGUCCCAAGUACUGACCUUCUCAUUGAAACUACAGCCUCUGCCUGUUACACACUGAAUAACAUAAUCCAAAAUAGUUACCAGAAUGCACGGGAUCUUCUAAACACUGGAGGCCUACAGAAAAUUAUGACCAUAAGCACUGGUGACAGCUAUUCCUCCAACAAAGCAAGUAAAGCUGCCUCUGUUCUCCUAUAUUCUCUAUGGACGCACACAGAGCUCCAUAAUGCCUAUAAGAAGGCUCAAUUUAAGAAGACAGAUUUUGUCAACAGCCGGACGGCCAAAGCCUACCACUCCCUGAAAGACUGAAGAACAUGGAUGAAAAAGUGCUCUCAGAAACAUGAACUUCAUCAUUCUCAGUCCCAAAAAGCCCCAAAGGAAAACACCUAUUUUUCUACUGCCCAGCCCAAAAAACCUUAAAAACGCAUGCCCUGUUUCUAUCCUUUUCUAUUUCCAUAGUCCCCAGGAUCCAGAAAACACAUAAGCAGAAUGUAAUUUUUUAAGUCUUCCAGAAGACUUCUGCAAGUUUGCCACCAGUAGAUACUGGCAACAGGCUCGAUUUUACCCUCUACAAAUAGUGGUCUUUUUGAUCAGGGCUGACAGGGCAUGGCCUCCUGGAAUCAAAAUGUGAAUUACUGUGGAAUGGACAUUAACAGAAUGAAUAAGGAAGGAAGCUCUCAUAUUACUAGGAUUUUAAAAGUUUGAUUUUCAUUUGUGUUCCUUUUCUGGUUUCCAUAUUUUGUCACUCACAUGCAUGAUGCUUCACCAUUGAGCCAUGAGUAUAUUGUUCUGCAGUGCUGAAACAGAAUGGAAACAACAAGAAAUAUUUAUGGAGUUAUCCAGAAAAAAAAUUUAAUGGCAGAAUUCCUUGUUUGUUUACUUUGUGCUUGUUUUUAUACUCUUGAAAUUUUUUUCUCUGAUUUUCAAUGAACUUAAGAAAUUUAGAUCACAGAGCAUGCAUGACUGUAAUCAAAAGAAAUUGAAAAGAAGUAAUCGGAGUUUCUGCUGUGGCAGAAUGGAAUGGGAGCAUCUCUGCAGCAUGAGGACACAGGUUGGAUCCCCGGUCCGGCAAAAUGGGUUAAAGGAUCUGGCGUUGCCACCUCAGCUGUGGCUCAGAUCUGAUCCCUGCCCUGGGAAUUCCCUAUGCCUCGGGGGAGCCAAAAAAGUAAAAAUGAAAAGUGAUCAUAGCAAAAUUUAAGGCACCUAUGGUUAUGAAAUUCAGUGUUUCCUGUAAAACCCUGAGCAAAUGGGAUUUUUGCUCAAGGAAGUGCUUUACCUAUAACACCAUUAAAUGCAAAUCUCUUCUGACAGUA